AUGGCGGAACCACUCACAGCACGCCAACACCUCACCUCCCUCCUCGUCGCAUCGCUAGUCCUUGGAUUAAUCUGCGGUCCCGCGGCUAUCACGGCGUCGGAACUAGAAGAUGCCAUCAACAAGGCGAACGCGAGAGGCGCAAGCGCGUCCCCGACAGUCCUCGUCCUCACAUCCAACGUGGCACUCACAGGCCCGCUCCCCGCACUCUCAGGCGCGGCCAAGCUGACCGUCAAGGGCGCGUGUGCCACCUCCAGGUGCAUCAUCAGCGGGGAAGGCGCCUUCCCCAUAUUCACCUCCCCCUCAUCCGGCCCCACGGGGGGGCUGUUGACUCUGGUCAACCUCAACUUCCAGCGGGCGGCAGGAGGCGUCCUGUUCAACGUGCGGGCGGCGGUCAACGCGAGUCAAUGCGUGUUCUUGAGCAACACGGCUCCUGGGAUUGGCGGAGGGGUGCUCAGCGACUCCUUCCCUGGAACAGCCACCCCUCCGUACCGCCUCUUCUCGCGCUGCACCUUUCAGAGCAACACAGCGCCCAUCCUGGGGGGAGGCGCCGUCAGCAUCAACGCGGGCAGCCCUCUGGGCCGCGUGCCGCCGCUCUACUUCGUGCGUUGCCUCUUCAAGGAUAACACCGCGCCCAGGAGUUUGGGAGGGGCGAUCUCGGUGGCGGGGACUGGCAGGGUGCGGUUCAAGACGUGUGUGUUUGACGGCAAUAACGCUGGUGCAUCUGGGGGAGCCAUCUUCUCAUACGGCGCGACCCUUGCGCUCGCGCGAGUCACCUUCAAGACCAACAAGGCCCUCGGCACCUCCCUUGCCGGCUCAUUCUCCUCGGGCCUCGGCGGUGCUCUCUACGCCGUCUCAGGGCUGCUCACCCAGUCAUCUCUCAGCUUCUGCUCCUCGUCCUUUUCGGGCAACUCGGGCAGCACUGCCAACGGCGGCUCGCUGUACCUUCAGAAGGCUCCGGGCAGCCCAAAGUUUACGGGCGUGGUGACGUUUUGCAGUGGGAGUAAACCGGCUGGGUCGGUGGUGCCCAAGAGUGGAUGGCGGGUGGGCAGCCAAUGCACAGCCAGCACCUGUGCUUGA